ACCAACCCACUCCCCCUAGGGACCCUUAUGUGACAUCUCAGUGAACAGCUACGAAGGAGACUAAGUAUUUUAAUGAUCUGUGACCAAGCUUUCAGAGAUGCUGGUUCACGAGUAUCUCAUGGCUUUCGAAGUCCACGGGUAGCGUGUCAUGCACGAAAAAUGUGAUCCUUCGAAGGCUUCUCACCGGUGCGCAACACCAGGCUCAACUCACGAAGAGUGACAUCACUUUUCUUUACCGCCCCUCUGUGACAUAACAUAAAGGAAGAGGUUUUGCCUAAAGGAAACCCACUUAGCCGCUUUAAAAUUAUUGGGAAUCUUCACUGAACAGUAAAGUAACGAUCUCCUUCAACAAAUGGGGUGGGAGAAUUAAUUGGCAGUCAGGAGAAGACAAUGCGAAUGAAAGACACCGUGUGAGAGAAUAUUUAAUCAUUGUGAAUAAUUACAUAAUCAUAUUGACCAUACGAUGACCACGAGUGUCAAUUCUUCCUCCGGUCCCUUGCCAACAGCACAGCUGAUUUUCAUUUUCCAAAAUCUUGGAAGCAAGGCAGUGCGAUAAAACUUAAGAAGGAAGUUUCGAAGUGGUGAAUUUUUGUCUUUGAAUUUUCUGUUCUUGAAGCAAAGUAACAAAAUGUCGAAGACAUGCAAGGGCCCAAAGCACCGAUCGGACAGUUUUUUUUCGUGGUUCAUUAGUGUUUGUUCCUUGAUGUGUCAAGCGUUAAAUCUUGGUUUUGCAAUGAGUUUUGGAGUAUUGCUUCCAGAGCUGAUGAAAGAGUUCGGCGAAAGCCGUCAGAAAACUGUGUGGGUAGGUUCACUGGCGAUUGGUCUAACCUUCUUCCUUGGCCCUCUGGGAUCACUUUUGUGCCAAACCGUCGGAUGUCGCUUCACCUCUUUUCUUGGUUGUAUAGUUUGUGCCGUGAGCUUGCUAAUAACUCCGUAUUCUUCAGGUCUUGAGUGGAUGUUUUUAACUUACGGCUGUGUGUUUGGCACAGGGUCAGCAUUGAUGCUUUCGUCAUACUUUCUCAUAACAGCAAAGAACUUUCGUAGAUGGCAAUCUCUCGCCGUAGGGAUCGUUACAGUCGGGGGCAGCAGUGGACUUCUCAUUAUGGGCCCUUCACUACAGCUCCUGAUUGACAUAUUUGGUUGGAGAGUAACUUACAGGAUCAUUAGUGUACCGUUCUUCCUAAUGGCGAUUGUUUCUGGAGUAGCUUUUGUAGAACCUAUUCAGGAUGCUUUAGAGACUACCUCGCAUAAUCCUGUAGAGAAACAAAGUGACCCAGAGUUCCCUUCUUUGAGAGCAGAAUGUCCAGAAAUGGGCUUGAUCCGUGGGGAGCGAAUGGGAAUGACUGGGAAAAGAAAACUUAUAAAAAUUACUGACGAUAAUUGUCCAACAGAAACCCAAGAAACUAAUCAAGUGAGAUCUUUCGAGGUGGCAGCCAAUACUGAAGGCACUAUGGUAUCAAACUCGACUGGAAAAUUGAACAAACUGUUAGACUUCUCCGUAUUUAAAAUUCCAUCUUAUACCUUGGCGGUUAUAAGUCUUUGUUUAAUGAACUUUGGACAUUUCAUCCCACAAAUACAUAUGGUGAACUAUUGCCUCGAACUCGGUAUUUCUGCUGACUCAGCAUCCUGGUUUUUCAUACCUUUUGGUUUAUCAUCCUCCCUAGCUCGUUUUGUAACAGGGAGGAUCUGUGACGUCAUCUGGGUUAAUACCAUGUAUAUUUACCAGUUUGGGGCUUUACUCGACGGAUUUGCUAUCGUUGUGCUUCCAGUAGUGAGAAAUUACGUAGGAAUUCAAGUUUUUGCUGUGAUUUAUGGCAUUGGCGAUGGCAUCUUUAUAACUACAAUGAACUCACUUCUCAUGUUCAGCGUGGACGAAAAGCGCAGAGCGGCCGGGUUUGGUCUGGGAAAUACUCUAAUCUCAUUGGUAAUAGCGUCGGGAUCUCCCUUUGCAGGAUUCAUUAUUGAUACAACUGGUUGCUACACCUGGGCGUUUUUUACGGCUGGUAUUGUGACACAUGUGGCUGGUCUAGUGCCGCUGACUCUGUUUUGCCUGAAGAAUAAGAAGGAUGAUGACUUGAAAAAAGAUAAAACACGGAAAUUGCUUCUGUGACUAACUUCAUUCUGCAAAAGCAAUUCAUUUAUUUGGACAUUUUUAAGUCAAACUACAACAAUGACAGAAACAACAAAAAAAUUAAGCCACAAUUGAUGUAUUCGGGUAUCUCCUCUCUCAUUGAAACCAACGGUGGCGGCUUUUGGCACCUCGUAAGAUUAUUCUCGGGAUGAAAUGGAAGGGUAUUUACUGUCCUGUGAUAGGACAGAGAGAUCAGUCUGAAAAAUCCACGAUAAAGAAAGGAGUUAAAUUUAUGUUCUCUUUAUUCUUAGUUUAAGGAUUAGUAAAUUUGCUACUUUUGACAAAUAAAACAAAAUAUUUUUGAUACA